AUGAGAACGUACGAGGAUACUUUCUCCGGCCAGCGGAUUUACCCUGGCAAGGUACGAUUUCCCAUUUCCCACGAGGGCGACAACGGCGAUAUCUCCCACCCCGAAGAGAUAAGAACCGGCAGGAGGAAGAUCGCUCCAGCGACACGACAACUGCGCGCCGAGGUCCAGAAAACGUCUAUGAAAGGCAAGCUGUACGUCCGUGGCGACAGCAAGAUCUUCCGGUUCCAGAAUGGCAAAUCCGAGUCCCUCUUCCUGCAGCGCAAGAACCCUCGCCGCAUCGCCUGGACCGUUCUGUACCGCAGGCAACACCGCAAGGGUAUCUCUGAGGAGGUUGCCAAGAAGCGCACCCGCCGCACGAUCAAGUCCCAGCGUGCCAUCGUCGGUGCUUCUCUGGAGGUGAUCAAGGAGCGCCGCUCGAUGCGCCCUGAGGCCCGGAACGCUGCUCGCCUGGCUGCUAUCAAGGAGAGCAAGGAGAAGAAGGCUGCUGCUCAGGCGGCCAAGAAGGCCGAGAAGGCGAAGAAUGCUGCCGCUGCUGCCAAGGGCCAGCCCCAGGGCCGCGUCACCAGCAAGCAGGGCGCCAAGGGCGCGCCGGUCAAGGUCGCCGCCAAGAGCCGUUAA